UUCGUGUUCUGGCGGCCCUGGCCUCAGCGCCCCUAGUGCGCUUGCGCGGCGUCGUGGGCUGGGUUUCCCCCUCAGCCCGGACUUGGUACGGCCGGGCGGUUGGUGCGCUCGGCUGCUGCAGCUCGGGGCGCGCUUUUCAAAUUGUCCCCGACUUGCACGGAGAUGGAGGGGCGGCUGCUGAGGAGCCUCCCUGCACAGCAGUACUGCAGCAUCCGAGAGAAAAUAGACCUAGAAAUCCGCAUGCGAGAAGGAAUAUGGAAGCUGCUCUCCCUGAGUACAAAAAAAGACCAGGUUUUACGUGCAGUGAAGAACCUCAUGGUGUGCCAUGCUCGGAUAGAGGCGUACACGGCGGAGCUCCGGAAGUUAGAAGAACAGAUUGCAAGUCAGACUGGAAGAUGCGAUGUGGACUGUGAGAGCAAAGAACGAAGACCCUGCAGAGGGAGGCUCGCCCUCUCAGAUAUCCGAAUCCCACUCAUGUGGAAAGACUCCGAUCACUUCAGUAAUAAAGAAUGCACGCAGCGCUACGCCAUCUUCUGUUUAUUCAGGAUGGGAGCCGAAGUGUUUGACACCGACAUGGUGAUCGUGGAUCAGACAGUCACAGAUAUAUGUUUUGACAACGUCACCAUAUUCCACGACGCGGGGCCGGACUUCCGGAUAAAGAUGGACGUGUACAGCUGUGGUGCGGAGGACUCCUCCAUAGCCAACACCCCCAAGAAGCUGGCUAAGAAGUUGAAGACGUCCAUCAGUAAAGCUGCCGGAAGGAAGAUAACUUCCAUGCUCCAGGAAGAGAACCAAGAGGCGUGCCUGCUCGCCAGCCCCGUCGCGGGUGCGAAGUACCAUCUGCUAGCUCAUGCCACCCUGACCUUGGAAAGUGUGGGAGACUGCUUCAAGACCCAUAAUCUAUCUGUUCACGGCAAUGAGGACUGUUCCUUUUGGCUCCCCUUGUAUGGCAACGUGUGCUGCCGGUUAGUGGCCCAGCCUGCUUGUAUGGCCGAAGAUGCAUUUGCGGGAUUCCUUAAUGAGCAGCAAACAGUAAAAGGUCUGGUUGGCUGGAGAAGGCUGUACUGUGCUCUGAGAGGGGGUAAACUCCACUGUUUUUACGGACCAGAAGAAAUUGAAGCGAAGGUGGAGCCCACUCUGGUGGUUUCCAUUGACAAGGAAACCAAAAUUCAGGCCAUAGAGAAGGAUCCAAGGAAAGUCUAUCACUUCUCUAUAGUCAACACUGUGGCUGGGCGAGCCGUGACUCACGUCUUUGCCGCGGAGAGCCUAGAAGACCUUCAGGAAUGGAUGGGCGCCUUCCGGCAGCAUUUCUUUGAUCUCAGCCAAUGGAAGCAUUGUUGUGAAGAACUUAUGAAAAUUGAGAUUAUGUCGCCACGGAAACCACCUUUGUUCCUGACAAAGGAGGCGACCUCCGUGUACCACGAUAUGAGCAUUGAUUCACCUGUGAAACUUGAAAGUUUAACUGACAUAAUACAGAAAAAAAUUGGAGAGACGAACGGACAGUUCCUCCUUGGUCAGGACGGAGAAUCCGCACCACCCCCGUGGGCCGCAGUCUUUGAUGGCAAGCACGAAAUGGUCAUCCAGAAGAAAGUGGUGUCCCCCGCAGGCCACCCGGCCCCUGAUGGGAAAAGGAAAAAGAGGCGAGCACCACUUCCUCCUACUGACCAGCCUCCCUUCAGCAUAAAGACACAGGGCGGCACAGAUCAACCCAAGGACAGCAGGACCCAGGCCAGCAUCUCUGCGGCCUCGCCUUCAGAUCCCAGGCUGUCGUCACAAAUGCAUCCCUUCCAGAAACCAGUGGCUGCCCCUCGCAAACUUUCCCCUGCCAGGAAAAACAGUUCAGCUGAUGCUCCAUACAUGGGUUUCUACCUGAAGAAAUGAAGGCCACAGGAAACACCACGAUGAAGACCAAGUCACACUCCACGGGCCAGUCUAAACACCACUUCUUCCCAUCCAUCCUCCCAGACAAAUACGAGAUAGAGUGGAUUCCUUUCUGGUCACCUAGCUAGCGGCAGCCUUGUGAUCAAGUCAGUUUGGGGUCCUACCCAGAUCCCCCCUCCGCUCACAUCGUCACAUCUGCGACAGCACUGGGCAGAGCUUCCUGUGCCAAGACGGAUUUUUAGUUCCGGCUUUAUUUAGAUGGCACAUUACUGUGAGGAGGAGUGUGGAGGAGUUGGGAUGUGUAUGUCACUGUCAUAUACACCCCAGGUGUUGGUAUCUGGGAGAGAGUGAAAACAUUUGUUCUAAAUAUGCUCAGAUCCUGUGCUGGUUGCUGCUGUCUAUACCUCCACGGGUUCCCCUGGAAAGGUGGUGAUGGCUGUACUAUAGAGAUGUACCUGGGCUGUUUAGCUGUGACACAGACUAGCAGAGAGGCUCAUUCCCCGGGCCCUGUCCCAAGAACAUCAAGCUGGGCGCUAUAGGUUUUCCAGACCAGAGGAACUGGCAGCCGUUCCUGGUCUCUUACCGAUUAGGAAGUUGAAAAGGUGAAUAAAUAGCUCUGUCCAGAGCGCUGUGGCUUAAUGAUAAACUAGAAUCCAGUUUCCUUUGUAAACGGAUGGCUCUUUCCACCCACUCGGCCGUGCUGGUGUGUCAGCUUUUCCUAUAGCUAGCCGUAUUUUCUAGCACUGACAUCCAAGGUUCGCUGUGUAGUCCAGCAUACCCUACUUUCCUUCUACCAUGUGGGUCCAGUGGAUUGAACUGAGCUCAUCAGACUUGGUGGCAAAGUGUCUUACCCUCU